UGUUUGGCUUAUAGAAACACAGACCAAUGACGGGCAAUUCCAAAGCUUCUCAAACUGAAACGCUCUCAAUUUGUAGCGAAAUGGAGCCACAACAUGUUUCUGCGACCCUCAAUUUUAUUAACAAAAUGGGCGUAGCCAAACCCAUUCCUGAGAGUUGCAAUACCACUGGCUUCUACUCCCAUUUCAUUGGGAGUUUCAUCAACGUCGAUCAAAUCCAGCGUGGACGAAUCUCUUGCACUGUUGCUGUCAAACCCCCUAUCUCUAAUAUAUAUGGAACAAUGCACGGUGGAUCUGUUGGGUCUGUGAUUGAGUUGCUGUCUACGGCUUGUGCUAGAACUGUUGUUGCUGAGGACAAGGAACUUUUUCUUGGGGAAAUUAGCGUGUCUUACCUCUCUGGAGCUCCAACAAAUGAAGAAAUUCUAGCUGAUGCCUCCGUGGUGAAGGGAGGAAGAAAUGUGACUAUAGUUGCACUAGAGUUUAAACUGAAGAAGACUGGGAAUUUGAUGUAUAUUGCUCAUGCUACCUUCUAUAACUUCCCGGUUGCUAAGUUAUGAUUCUUAUCAACAUUUAGUUUUCUGGUCACUGAUAUUCCCUUAAUUAAACCAAAUAUAAUGACCUUGUGUUUACGUCGUUUCAAUGCUUUUUGUUUUUGCUUGGAAAUAUUUUUAGUGAAGUUUGGCUUUGUGCAAUUGUUGCUAAACCCUCAUCAAAUCUAUCAUGGGGGGCAUAGUGACGGAGCCACGUUAACUUAAUUUUUG